AUGCAGUUCCUUACGACCAUCCUCGUGGCAGCCGCCGCCGUCCAGGCCAUCGCUCUCCCGGACCCCGUCGCCAAACCCGCCCCCAACCCAGUCGCCGAAGCAGACCCGUGGUGUACCAAGCCCGGACAGCCAUGCUGGAAGCGUGCCGUCGAGGCUAUGGACAGACGCGAAGCCCUCCCUGAACCCGUUGCCAAGCCGGCGCCAAACCCCGUUGCCGAGCCCGAGCCGUGGUGCACCAAACCCGGCCAGCCCUGCUGGAAACGCGCCGUCGAGGACGCCAUGCUAGAAGCCGUCAGGCGCGCAGCCCAGCCCGAGCCCGCUCCCGUCGCAAAGCCCGCCCCCAACCCCGUCGCGGAGCCGGAACCCUGGUGCACCAAACCGGGCCAACCGUGCUGGAAGCGCACCGUGGAGGACGUCAUGGACGAGAUGCUACGGCGCGAGGCCCAGCCCGAGCCGGCCCCCAUCGCCAUGCCCGCUCCCAACCCUGUCGCGGAAGCUGCGCCCUGGUGCACGAAGCCCGGCCAGCCUUGCUGGAAGCGCGCGGUCGAGGCUAUGGAGAAGCGCCAGCCUGUUCCGGCGCCUGCUCCUGUUGCGAAGGCCAUGCCGAACCCUGUUGCGGUUGCGGACCCGUGGUGCACGAAGCCUGGGCAGCCGUGCUGGAAGAGGGCUGAGCAGGAGGGCAGGGUUGUGCCUGUCACGACGGCCUGGUGA